AUGAAGGGCCCCAAAACAGGUGGCGACAGCCGCCGGGUCCAGGAACAUCUCCGAAACGUGCAGCAGAUCGCUGCCUCGGGCGGCGCCUUCGCCGCGCUCCGCGGCGACGGCUCAGUCAUCACUUGGGGAGCACGGGACUGCGGCGGCGACAGCAGCCGCGUUUCGGAGCAGCUCCAGGGCGUGCAGGCUCUGGCGGCCUCCACAGGGGCCUUCGCGGCGGUGCUUGUCGGCGGCUCCGUGGUCACCUGGGGCGAUGCCCGCUACGGCGGGGACAGCGCGGCCGUACAGGGCCAGCUCUGCCACGUGUGCCAGGUGCGCGCGUCGCAGCGCGCCUUUGCGGCCAUCUUGGCGGAUGGUUCAGUCGUCACCUGGGGCAGUGCGCAGUGUGGCGGCGACAGCACCUCGGUGCAGGAGCAGCUCCGAGAAGUCCGGGAUGUCCGGGCCUCCGGCGACCCUUUUGGCGGGGCCUUUGCAGCCCUGAGGGCCGAUGGAUCCGUCGUCACCUGGGGAUGUGCCGGCCGGGGCGGAGACAGCGGGGCAGUCCGGGCGCAGCUGCGAGGUGUGCGUGAAAUCUGUUCCUCCGGCGCGGCCUUCGCGGCAAUUCUCGCAGACGGCUCGGUGGUCACCUGGGGCCAUCCCGCGACCGGCGGGGAGAGCUCGCAUGUGCAGGAGAAGCUGAAGGAUGUGCAGGCAAUCGAGGCGUCGCACAAGGCCUUUGCGGCUCUUCUUUGCGAUGGCUCCGUGGUCACCUGGGGAUGUGCGGACUCCGGGGGCGACUGCAGCGGCGUGCAGGGCGAGCUGCAGGGGGUGCAGCAGAUUUGUGCCUCGGCUGCAGCUUUCGCCGCUUUGCGCUCGGACGGAUCUGUUGUGACGUGGGGCGAUGCACGCUAUGGGGGCGACAGCAGCGGCGUGCAGCCGCAUCUGUCGCAUGGCAAGACAGAGGAAAUGCAGAUUACGGUGCCGGCUGCGGGGUCUUGCGCUGUGCUGGGGAACAAAACAAGACCGACGCUGGCGAAGCCCGUGGCUCCUGCAGCAUGCGAUGAGUUCGACGAGCCGUACCGCGAGGUGGCGAAAGCCGUGGCUGAGCGCCAGGGAGUUACGCGACGGCCCUCGCUGUCGCGAGUUGUCAUCGCGCGGAUAGAUCAGUCUGAGAAUGAGCACACCGAGCUCAUCAAGGGCACGCCCUGGCUCCGCUUCUUCCCCCGGGGUCCCCGGAAGCGGGCCGUGGACGUGGAGCUGCGCUCGGUGGAGUCGAUACUCGAUUUCUUGGAUGAGCAGGAGCUGGCGCACGAGGAGGGCUCGGAACUCUGA